GCAACAUAGGUAUGGUGUAUUUACAUGGGAAUAAGUGAUAACGUUAUCAUUUUUAAAGCUUUCUUAUCACCUGUGUUUCAACUACAAACUAUUCUCUUCAUUUAUUUUAUAUUUGAAUGAGAAUGGGUGCAUCCUCGAACAUCGUAGUGUUUAUUGUUUUGAGUUUAACAAUUGGUGCACUGGCCAAAGAGGAUUUUAGAAAUCAAACCAUCGAGUGUAUAUUUCGAGCGUAUGAUGCUUGUUAUCACGGUAUUGCAUCGUUGGGAGCUAAUUUUUCUGCUCAUUAUGACGACAGUCCAGUCUUAAUUAACUCUACGUGCAAGUUGUCUAACAGUACUAUAGAGUGUUUAGGAAAAAUUCCAACCUCCUGUUACGGCGCAAGUACACCUUUUGGUCUAAAGAAUGCAUCCGUUUUAAUACAGCAGCUAUGUACUAAUAAUUCGCAAGAGCAAAUAAAAUUUUUAAACUCCAGUCAUUGUUACAACAAGCAAAUUAUGCGAAGGCGAAAUUGCGUUAAAAAAUAUUCCAGCGAAGGCAAAACUGAUGCUAAAUCUCUUUGUUGUUCAAAUUUAAAGACACAAAAGUGCCUCAGAGAAGAAAUGAAUGUAUGUCCAACAAAUACAACAGAGUUCCAGAAUACAGUUAUGUCUACUUACAGAAGCUAUCAUAACUACAUUUGCCAAGACACUGAAAAACAUUGUGGUCAUAGUGUGAAACAUUUUGUAUCUGCAUUUGUCUUGUUUCUAGCGUUCUUGUUUACUUUUUCAUUACAUUAAACCUCAUAUUUAUGUUUGAGAGCCCAUUUUGUUAUUUACUGAACCAGUUUGUUUCAGAAUUCUUUCUUGAGUUUUAAUUUUGUAGAGUAUAAACAGAACAUUUAUGUAUUAAGAAAAUAUUUUCUUUGCGAAUUUGAAAGUUUUUGCUAUUUUUCCUUUAUACUAAAAUUGUAGUUUUUUUUCUUUUUAUUUUAUUUUAUUUUAUUUUUUAGCAAUACACAAGAAACAUUAAGUAAUUAAUGAAACAAAAUAAGCAGAACUUCAGCUUGUCGAGUAUACACAUCACAUAUCUAGCGCCGGCAACAGAAGUGAAACAGCUCAAAAAUUAAUAAAAUCAAAACAAAAUUACAAAUUAUUGAUUUUAAUGCUCAUUCUCGAAUUGAAACACGCACAAAGUUAGUCUACGUAACUGGUGCUCAGUGACGUAUGAGUAUACAAUCAUUAAUGAUAUACCAAUAAUUUUUCAUAGUUUAGAGGAAAAAAAUUCAAACUUAAAUGUUUUGCUCUUAUUGUAGUACUUUAGAUUAAAUCAGUUGAAAGCAGUGGGGGAGAGGGGGGCACAGUGUCUCGGGGGGUAUAGUAGGAAAAAUGGAAUUUUUCCCAGAAUUCUAACACUAAAAAUUAAAAAAAUAUAUGCUAUGCUUUAGUUAACCCAAAUGACAAAAUCGUAGAGACUAGCCAUUGCUACAAUUCAACCUGUGGAGAAGCUGCAGCCUUUUUAAUUUUUGCUAUCGCUGUUGGAAAAAACAUGCGAAGGUUUUCUUUCUUUUGUUUUUGAAUUUGAGGUAUAAAUUAUUAUUUAAUAAUCAGUGAAUUAAUUUAAAGUUGAAGCUUUCUUUAUUGCAUGCAUGUAAUGUUCUUUAUUUCAUUGAUUAAUUUUGCACAACUUUUGGCUCUUGGCUCAAAAAUGCAAUUAUGUGGAUACCAAUGGGUGGGAGUGUCUCAUUGUACCUUUCACAUUCCCCACUAUAAAGUAAGCGUUUUAGCGCAAAGUACAUAUAUUUUACUGCAUUAAGGUUUAAAAUUAAAUUACGAUUAUUAAUGAACAUUGAUUUACGUACAUCUAAAAACCGCAUUUACAAGCCCAUUUAUAUGUUGAUACUAUUAUUACUCAGAAAUACUUCUUAAAAAUUGUAAUCUGAAUACAAUAUUUUGAGUUUUUGUGUUUCGAAACAUCUAAUAACACUCUGAAGUGACCAAAACUAAUGCCUUGUGGCAAGCCAUAAACAACACAGAAACAUAUUAUAAUUUCUUGAAGACUAUCGAUGUUUUCUACGUUAAAACGACGUUAAAAGUUUUGAUUAUCUUUUAUUCUAUCAUUUCCAUUAUCUUAUCAUUUCAUGUUCUUUUUUAUUACGACAUAUUUUAUCAUUUCAGAUGCAUCAAACGUUAUUUUACAAAUAAUUUUCAACUCCCACACGUAAUUUUUUAUUAAAAAUAGUUUAAAGUCUUGUCGUUUAGAAAUUGUUUUCAUAUUUUCUGUGUACAAUAUAUACCUCAAUCUCUAUUUAAUAAUAACAAUAUGUUGAAAAAUGUAUCUUGUCUUUAUGUGCCUUUCUCAAUGUCUCACUGAAUGCAAGGCACUGUCCCACUGUACCCUCACUUGGGCACAGUGUGACCACUUGAAAACCGUGUAAAAUAAUAUUUUUUAAAAGGUAUUAAAAAUAUUAAGGAGAAAAAAAAAACAGUGAGAACUGAAAAGUUCAAUAAUCAUGUUCUGCAAUUUAAAUGUCUUUAAAACUAAAAAUAAAGGAAGUACAAAAAAAAAAAAAAAAAAAAAAAAAAAAAUUGAAAAUUGUCCCACUGUGUCCCUUCUUCCUGCUGCAUACAACCUUGAUUUUCUUCAAUGCCAUUAUUAUUAUUAUUAUUUAUUAUUAUUAUUUUUUUUAAGUUGUGUCACUUCAGUUCACUGAGUGUGAUGCAUUUUAUGAACUCAGGAAAUAAAUAUUUUUAGCACAGAAUUGAAAGUUUUUAUAUUUCUUUUGUACUAGAACUUAGUUUUACAUUAAAUGAAGAAUGAAAAAAUUGUUAAUCAAAUAAAAUAGCUUAAAAGAAAGGAAACAAGAGAACCUAAAUAUAAUUUUAAAAAAUGAUUAAAACCAGUAAAAAUAAAAUAAAAUACAGGAAAAUAAAAAUAAUUAAAAAAAAAUCCCCACAUGGUUUAAGAGCCGUACAAAUUAAGACUCUGAAGUGAGGAGGUCAUACCCUCCUCCUCUCCUCCAAGAAGCAACAAAAUUAUGUGCAUGAAAGCAUGUGCAAGGUUCCAUGCGUUUCGGACUUAAAUUUCGAAAAAUUUGAAAUGCGCCACUACCCUGGGUGCUAUUUCCUUUACUUUUGUCGGAAAUCUUUCUUGAGUGUGUCCAAAGUUGUAAUUAAUCUUCUUUGUAUGUGAAGUUGUUUAGUUUCUGUAUAAACAAAUAAAAUAAAUAAACAAAC